UCUUCUCCUUCUAGAAGUGGUAAAUUGAUCCUCCUGGAACAGGGCUCAUUCCCUGGAGGCACUGCUUAUAAUCCCUCUAUCCUCCAGCAGACACUGAGACACCUUCACCCUAUCUCUACUCGUUCACUCACUUAUGGCUAUUGUAGAGGAGAACAACUCUCCUCCCAGGAAGAUCAGACACUGUCAGAGAAACUUCAGUGCUUUCUGGGGCAAAUUCAGAACUGUCACAUGGACAGCUCCAGCUUACCCUUGUGCCAAGUAAACACCACUGCUCUUCUUUGCACACAGGAGCCAGGUAAUAAAAGUUUAUAUUAUUGAAUAGGAUUAUACCUAUAACUGAAGACUGGGAAAAUUCAUAUCAUUUUCCAGUUCACAAACCCAUGAAAAUCUUCAAUAACUCCAGCACCAUCACUGGCUUCAUCCUCCUGGGCUUCCCUUGCCCCAAAGAGGAGCAGGUUCUCCUCUUUGUGCUCUUCUCUGUUGUCUACCUCCUGACCCUCAUGGGCAAUGGUUCUAUCAUCUGUGCUGUGCACUGGGAUCAGAGACUCCACACCCCCAUGUAUAUCCUGCUCGCCAACUUCUCCUUCCUAGAGAUCUGCUAUGUCACCUCCACUGUCCCCAACAUGUUGGCCAACAUUCUCUCUGACACCAAAGACAUCUCCUUCUCUGGGUGCUUUCUUCAGUUCUACUUUUUCUUCUCCUUGGGUUCUACAGAAAAUUUUUUCUUGGCUAUUAUGGCAUUUGAUCGAUACCUCGCCAUCUGCCAGCCUCUACACUAUCCAACCAUUAUGACUGGAUGUCUCUGCACCAAUAUUGUGGUUGGUUGCUGGGUACUUGGAUUCCUCUGGUUCUUGAUCCCUAUCAUCAUCAUGUCCCAAAUGUCCUUCUGUGGUUCCAGGAUUAUUGACCAUUUCCUGUGUGACCCAGGUCCUCUUUUAGCACUCACUUGCGAAAAAGAUCCUGUGGUAGAGCUCAUCUUCUCCAUUUUAAGUCUUCUACCCCUCAUCAUUCUCUUUCUCUUCAUCAUAAUGUCCUAUGCUCUGGUCCUAAGAGCUGUAUUAAAGGUCCCUUCAGCAGCUGGGAGAAGAAAGGCUUUCUCCACCUGUGGGUCUCACAUGACUGUGGUUUCACUGUUCUAUGGUUCAGUACUAGUCAUGUAUGGGGGCCCAGCAUCUGAGCAUGAAGCUGGAAUGCAGAAGAUUGUGACUCUGUUUUAUUCUGUUGUGACCCCCCUUCUCAAUCCUGUGAUAUAUAGUCUUAGGAACAAAGAUAUAAAAAAGGCCCUGCAGAAAUUUCUGGGAAUAUAAAAAGUGUUAAUCAGCAAGAAUCUUGGAAAAUUAUGAGGCAAGAUACUAAGAACCUAGGAAAAUUCCUAGGCAAGUGGAAUUGGGAAACUGAAACAAGAGAAUUAAACAAGGCAAACAAUUUGAACAGCUUACAGCCAGCUGUUGAAUCACAAGACCUUAUCUCCCACUUGAGGAGCAAGGACACUUGAGAGCAAAUGGUUCAUACCUCUCCUCCCUAACCAGAGAAUUCAUAGCUUAAAUCACCCUAGUUACGGAAGUAGAGAACAGAAACCCAAUUAAUACCAUUUGUGCCAACUAAAUCCAAGGGCAGAGAAAGUCAUCAAAACAAAUAACAAAAAUUCCAUUAGAGCUACAUGGACCCAAGAUAAAAGUAAAUCAAUACAGCAGACCAAAGAACAGUCCCAAACUCUUCUAUAUGACCAUUUUGGUGCAUCAGCAUAUUAAAAGUGUACUUGGAAAGCUUAUGAAUAUUCUGCUAAAACACUCCCCUGAGAUUCUCACCUGAAGAAGAGACAUUAAAAAAUCUCAAGACAAAGACUAGAUGCAAACUCUCUCUAGAGCAUCCAUUCCCCUUCUCGGGCAUGAACAUUUUACUUCUCUUAAACUCUGGGUCCCCAUGAGACUUGAAACCAGAGGAGUAGUUGGCAGUGGCAACUUGUCCCAGGCUUACCCCCUAAUCCUGUCUUAAGGCCCUCUUUCUCUGACUUCCCAGUGAGCCAACAGCAGCCCUGCCUUGGCUCACUCUUUCCUAUAAUGUUUCUAGAGGGUCAAAGCAGAGCACCACCUGGGCUCUCUCCUGUUGCUCCUUCUACCCUAAGCCCUUCCUUUGUUUCACUGUCCCCAACUUUAAUAAACACAUUCUCAAAAUCA